AUGCCACCAAGAACACGUCGUGGAGGAAAUCAUCAACCACGUCCUGUUUAUGAUACAAUCAUAGCUGAUAUGCAACGAGAAAUCCAACGACUCCAACAACGUCUUACACGUUAUGAAGCUUCCGCUGGCCCAUCCCAUCAGUCAGAUGACGAACAAUCAGAUGGUGAAGAUGAAGAAGUCAAUCCAUUUCACCAACCUGAUGGUGAAUCAUCAAGUGGAGAAACAUCCAAUACCAGGCGAACCCGUCUUCCCCAACACCGAGAAAAAGAUUUGGGAAUAAAAGUUGAUAUUCCUGAUUUUGAAGGAGGUGUUCAUCCAGACGAGUUUAUUGAAUGGCUUCAUACCGUUGAACGUGUCUUUGAUUUCAAGGAUAUUCCAGAUGAUCGCAAGGUCAAGAUAGUUGCAAUCAAGUUCAAGAAGCAUGCAUCCAUUUGGUGGGAGAAUCUUAAGAGACAACGAGAACGAGAAGGUCGUAGUAAAAUUCGCACAUGGGAUAAAAUGAAGCGUGAACUCAAGCGCAAAUUUUUACCAAGUCAUUAUCGUCAAGAUAUAUUUCUUAAGUUCCAUCACCUGCAACAAGGAAGUAAAUCUGUGGCAGAGUACAUCGCUGAAUUUGAAGAUUUGUCAAUGAAGUGCGACAAUGCCGAGCCUGAAGAGCAGACCAUUGCAAGAUUCUUGACAGGCUUGGAACCGAAGAUCUCUAAAGUUGUACAACUACAACAAUAUUGGUCAUUCAACGACGUCACCAAGCUAGCCUUAAAAGUUGAAGGCCAACAAGCAAAAGAGAAGACUGGAUUCAAAACUGUCACGAAGGAGACACCUUAUCGUGGUAACCCUUCAACAAGGUUCCCACCAAAAGCUAACUCCAGCACCACAAUGAAAAAGGUUGAGAAUCCAGCCGCAACCAGCAAGCCUUUCAAGCAAGUAAGUAAUCCUACUUCGAGGAGAUGUUUUAAGUGUCAAGGAUUUGGACACAUUGCUUCAGAAUGUCCAAAUUCUAGAAUAAUCUCUUUUGUCGAAGAAGAAUUAUUUGAAGACGAUCAAGCUGAGGAAAGCCAAGAAGAUGAAGAUGAUCAAGAGGUCCUACAUGCAGACGAAGGUGAAUCACUCGUUAUUCGACGUAUCCUCAAUGCAGCUCCUGUUGAAGAAGAUGAAUGGUUGCGCCACAACAUCUUCCACACUCGGUGUACAUCUCAUGGGAAGAUAUGCAAUGUCAUCAUCGAUAGUGGCAGCUGUGAAAAUGUUGUUGCCGCAACAAUGGUCGAGAAAUUGAAGUUGCCUACAAAGGAUCACCCUUAUCCUUACAAGCUCACAUGGUUGAAGAAGGGGAAUGAUGUCAAGGUCACUAAACGAUGCCUAAUUGAUUUCUCCAUUGGUAAGAAAUAUCAAGAUAAGGUAUGGUGUGAUGUCAUUCCUAUGGAUGCUUGUCAUUUACUUUUGGGUCGUCCAUGGCAAUAUGAUCGUCAUGCAAUUCAUGAUGGCUUUAAAAACACUUAUUCCUUUGAAAAAGAUGGUGUUAAAAUUGUUUUAGCUCCAUUUAAAAGGGAAAUGUUAGCAAAGCCAAGCCAAGAGAAGAGUCUCACAGUGUCUGAAUCAAUGUUUACUAUGGCGUUAGAAGAAUCCAGAGUUGCUUGUGUCCUUGUCAUGCUCGAAGAAAAUAAAGAAGAUCAAGGGAUUCCAAACGAGAUCAAGCCUCUACUUCGUGAAUUCAAUGACAUUGUGCCUGAAGAAAUCCCAGCUGGUCUACCUCCAAUGCGUGACAUUCAACAUUGUAUUGAUUUUGUUCCUGGCGCAGUGAUCCCAAACAAAGCCGCAUAUCGAAUGAGUCCAAAAGAGCAUGAAGAACUUCUUAGACAAGUCACCGAGCUUAUGCAAAAAGGUUUGGUACGUGAAAGUGUGAGUCCCUGCGCAGUUCCAGCACUCCUUGUGCCAAAGAAAGACGGAUCAUGGCGUAUGUGCAUCGAUAGUCGUGCUGUCAAUCGGAUCACAAUCAAAUACAGAUUUCCUAUUCCUCGCCUUGAUGACCUACUAGAUCAAUUGCAUAAUGCUUUUUUAUUUUCCAAAAUUGAUCUACGAAGUGGGUACCAUCAGAUUCGAAUGCGACCUGAAGAUGAGUGGAAGACUGCAUUCAAGACCAGAGAUGGAUUAUACGAGUGGAUGGUCAUGCCAUUUGGUCUUUCAAAUGCACCGAGCACUUUUAUGCGAUUGAUGAAUCAGGUAUUCCGCCCUUUCAUUGGAAAAUUCGUGGUUAUUUAUUUUGAUGACAUCCUUGUGUAUAGUCGAAAUUCUGAAGAACACUUGGAGCAUGUGCGACAAAUUUUUCAAGUUCUUCGUGAACAGAAAUUGUAUGCCAAUUUGAAGAAAUGUCACUUCUUGACUGACAAAGUGGUAUUUCUUGGGUACGUUGUAUCAAGCAAUGGGAUUGAGAUGGAUCCCAGCAAAAUUGAGGCAAUUAUUAGCUGGCCAAUUCCUCAAUUAAUACAUGAUGUUCGCAGUUUUCAUGGCCUAGCAUCUUUCUAUCGCCGCUUCAUCAAGAAUUUCAGCACUAUUGCCGCCCCACUCACUGAAGUAUUGAAAAAGGAAAAGUUUGAGUGGACCCGAGCUGCCCAACAAAGCUUUGAAGAACUCAAGGAAAUUAUCACGAGAGCACCAACUCUAGCCUUGCCAGAUUUUGACAAGCUUUUUGAAGUAGAUUGUGACGCUUCAGGAGUUGGUAUAGGUGCAGUUCUUAGUCAAGAGGGUCGACCAAUUGCCUUCUUUACUAAGGAAUUCGUGCUAUAUUCUGAUCACGAGUCACUCAAGUAUCUUCACAGUCAACAAAAGCUCCAGCGUCGUCAUGCAAAAUGGAGUGAGUUUUUAUCUCCUUUUCACUUUGUCCUUAAGCACAAGUCUGGAACUCAAAAUAAAGUUGCUGAUGCUUUAAGUAGACGACAUGCUUUGCUCUCAACUCUUCAAGUCAAAGUAAUUGGUUUUGAAGUUCUCAAGGAUUUGUAUGAAGAUGAUGAAGACCUUGGAGAAUUCUGGAAGAAAUGUGUUGAAGGCCCUCAACGCCAGUUUCAUCGUCAAGAUGGUUACUUAUUCAAGGGAAAUAAGUUGUGCGUACCAAGAUGUUCCUUGCGUGAUAUGAUACUACACGAGUGUCAUGCCGGUGUCCUUGCUGGACAUUUUGGUAGAGAUAAGACAUUGAGCAUUAUUGCAGCGAAUUUCUAUUGGCCACACAUGGUUAGAGAUGUCGAUCGAUAUGUCAAAAGAUGUCUUUACACUCCAUUGCCUGUUCCUGAUGCUCCUUGGGAAGAUGUGAGUAUGGAUUUUGUUGUUGGGUUACCUCGUACCCAGCGCAACAAAGAUUCCAUCAUGGUUGUUGUUGAUCGAUUCUCAAAGAUGGCACACUUUCUUCCAUGCAACAAGACUAAUGAUGCCACACAAGUUGCUGAUCUUUACUUUCGAGAAAUUGUGCGUCUACAUGGAAUUCCAAAGACAAUCACUUCUGAUCGAGAUGUCAAAUUCAUGACACUACUACAAAAAUGGGCAAAGAGAUCUUCAAUAAAAGACCCUAUAGUCGAGAUGACGGGUUCAAUCAGACAUUGCACUCCUGUGCAAGUAGAGGUGCAGUUUAUCUUCUUGUUCUGCUUUUUUAAUCUGAGUUGCACGAUUUUGGCUUGUGAAUCAGUGAUAUCCGGCUUUAUGAUUAUGGCUUGUACACGGUUGCAAUUUAGCUCUGCGGCGCAUCCUCAAACUUAUGGUCAAACCGAAGUUGUCAACAGGACUCUUGGAAACAUGUUGAGAAGUCUUGUGGAUAAAAACCCUCGCCAAUGGGAUUUGAUGAUAGCUCAAGCAGAAUUUGCCUAUAAUUGUUCUCCAAGUCAAACUACUGGUGAAAGCCCGUUCAAGAUCAUUUAUGGUAAAAAUCCGACCACACCGGUUGAUCUUGCUCCACUACCUUCUCCUAACAACUUUAGUGGUGAUGCUGAUGAACGAGCUAGAGAAAUUAAGAAGCUUCAUGAGAAAGUCCGAGCUCAGAUCACACAGAAAAAUCAACGUUACCAAGAGCAAGCGAAUAAAUUUCGCAAACCGGCCACUUUUAAAGAAGGAGAUUUGGUUUGGAUUAACUUAAGGAAAGAAAGGUUUCCACGAGGGACACAUGGAAAGCUGAAGCCAAGGGCCGAUGGACCUUUCAAAGUUCUAGAGAGGAUUGGAGAAAAUGCAUACAAGAUUGAGCUUCCAGGGGAAUACAAUGUUUCUGCUACCUUCAAUGUUGCUGAUUUGUCCCCAUAUUAUGAGGAUGAGGAAGAGCAAAGACUCGAGGUCGAGUCUUCUCCAACAGGGGGAGUUUGA